AUGGAAAAUCCAGGCUACCAGGCCUCUGCAGCGUGUGAAUCUGAACGCGAGCGACUGCGGGAGCUUUCUCGAUACUAUUGCACCCUACACAAUCCGCAGUCGGCAGAAGCGUCUUCCGAGACCCAAGACCACGAACAGGACAAUGCCCCCACGGAGGAUGCACCUUCGAUCCUCUCCAAAGACAUUACUCUUACGGCACUCGCCCAGCUGGGUGCUCAUCAACUGGACUGCAGGCGGUCUUUUGUGUCCAUUAUUGACGGCGCCAACCAACACAUUAUUGCAGAAGCGACCAAGUCAAUUUCACUGCGUGACAGAGAUAGACAUGCACCCAACGAUGCAAUUUACCUUGGGGCGCGAAGCAUAGACUUGGUAUGGGGAGUAUGCGCGUUUCUCAUGCCGCUCUUCACAGGUCAAGAUUUGUCAUAUUGCCAGGACACGCCCAACUUAACGGCAAACCAAACCCGAUACAUCGUCCGCGAUUUCACCAAAGAGGAAUGCUAUAAAGAUCGACCGUAUGUUCGAGACUGGCCGUACUUUCGCUUCUACGCCGAGGUCCCUUUGUUCAGCCCUUCGGGACAAGUUCUUGGAUCGUAUUGUGUCGUCGACGAUAAACCACGAGAAAACUUCAGCGAGGAAAAUUACGUAGUAUUGAGAGAAAUUACCGAUGCGAUCGCAAACCAUCUCGAGAAUGUCCGAAUUGCCUACUUCCACCAACGUGCUGAGCGAUGGGUGAAAGGGCUGACCACUUUCGUGAAAGAUGGGAAGGAUUUCAACCCACAUGAAGUGACCAGUUAUAGCCGUCUGAGAUCUGCAUCGAAAUUGGGCAUUUCACGCCAAUCAACAGCGACGCCGCCGAGGCUUCUACAGCUAACUUCCGAGAAGCACGAAAGAAAGCAUAGCGCAGAUGUGACUCGCUCGUCAUCAACCAGUUGGCAUGACGGUUCCACCCCGUUUUUUUUCAGUGAAACCUCUUCAGUGCCUACCCAGCCAACUUCGAUCGAGUCUUCCUCGGAUACUCAUUCCGUCACCCCUGGAAUAGAAAAAACCUUGGAAGAAGCAUCCAGGCUUGGAAAUGCCACGGACGCGGCAACAACAAAUGCCUUUCAAGAUGCCUGGGCCGAGACUAUGCCCAUGUCCGAACGAAUGAACAUGAUCUUCACACGUGCGAGUGUUCUAUUACAGGAGUCUUUGGACCUCGACGGUGUUACGUUUCUUGAUGCUUCCCAAAACCCGAUGCCAGUAUCCUUCACAUCUAGUAAUUUCGAUGGAUCGAAUCCGAAUCCAGCAACGGUGACCCCGGAAUUCCCCACUGCUCCAUGUCCGAGUCCAUUGGUCCUAUCAAAUGCUGUCCCGAAUCCAUUGGACUCGCCAUGUCAGGUUCUCGGUUCUGCAUCGAGACCCUCCGAACCACAAGCCAAUGCCCCCCAUGGCGAUCUAACUGUACCUCGAGGCCUUUUAGACCUACUCGUCACACUCUUCCCGCAAGGCCAUGUAUUCAAUCUAUCAGGGCUGUUCGAUCCUGUAGAUUAUGUAUCUGAAGGGAACGGCAAUGUGAAAUCCUCAUCAGACCCCAAGAGCAUGCAGAGAGCCAUUCGAGAAAUAUCUCGGCUCAUUCCAGAGGCGAAAUCAGUGCUGUUCUUCCCGCUGUGGGACUACACAAAAUCACGAUGGAUGGCAGGAACUUUGUCAUGGACCAAGAACAGUCGAAGGAUCAUGGGAGUCGAAGAACUCCAUUACUUCAAAGUUUUUGGAAACUCUGUUGUUUCUGAAAUAUCCCGCGCUCAUUGGGCUUCGGUUGAAAAGUCUAAAUUCGACUUCAUCUCGUCGGUCAGCCACGAGCUUCGGUCACCCUUACACGGGAUUCUGGCGAGCGCCGAGCUUCUCACUGGAACUCCUCUGCAGCCCGCCCAGAAAGAAAUGGUCAGGAUGAUUGAAUCGUCUGGGUUGACCUUGCUUGACACAACGGAUCAUUUGUUGGACUUUUGCAAAAUCAACAGCCUAGCAAAGGCUAAGACAUCCAAACAAAAUUUCACUCGAUACGACACCCCCACAAUUGUCUCAGGGUUCGACCUGGGUCUAUUGGUUGAAGAAGUCACAAACAUCCUGUACACCGGUCAAAGGGCCCCAGUGACCUCAGCACGGAUGGUGAACAGGAUCCCGACAAACACUCCCCCGUCCAUUGCUCCCACCAGCGAGUCCGAGGAGUUCUCGGUCAUUGUACGCAUCGAACAGAAUCACCCAUGGGAAAUUCAAUCCCAACCUGGGGCAUGGCGACGUAUCGUCAUGAAUCUCCUGGGCAACGCAAUCAAGUGGACCACGGCCGGCUUUGUCGAAGUAUCACUCUCACAUUCCCGAAACCAAGCCGAUCCCCAGAAGCUUCUGGCACAUUUGACAGUCACCGACACGGGAUGUGGCAUUGCGCCGGAGUUCCUUCGACACAAGCUCUUUACCCCCUUCACGCAGGAAGACUCGCUGGACGAGGGUGUCGGCCUCGGACUGAGCAUCGUGAAUCAGCUUGUUGGGUCACUCGGUGGUCACAUCAACGUACAAAGUGAAUUGGAUGUCGGAACCCAGGUCGAUGUCCACAUCCCUGUGCAGUAUCUGCAUCGCAGCACAAGUCAGAGCACACGCCGCUCCAGCCUCCGACCCUUAGUCGUCGCACCGCCGCCGUUCCAUGCCUGCUUAGUCGCAUUCAAUGGCUAUCCUGAUCUGAAAGAGCCGCCGACAGGAAUGCUUACCGUUGAGGAAAGGCGGAAGCUCUCUAUUCAGAGCACUCUGGCGGAUGUGCUUUUGGCUCAGGCUGGCUGGAGCGUUUCCCUGGUGGACUCACUUGAUAAGGCGAAUGGUGACGUCGUUGUGAUCGAGGAAGGGGCUCUGAAAGAGUUCAUCGACGCUACCGGUUCCGUUGAGCAGGUCAUCCCAAAGCUCCCUGUCAAGGCUUUCAUUGUGCUGGGAAGCAAGGUGUCUUCGCUUGAAGGCCCGGAUAAGUCCAAGUUCUUUUGGGUGACUCAACCAUUUGGCCCUCGGAAGAUCCUGAACAAAGUUCAUGAAAUUAUCAAGAUCUCGCACGAAAACCCCAACAGUAAACCCGAGCCCGCUCCCGAGCUCCGCGAGGCGGAGGCUGCCCAUGAUACCGAGUUCUCACCCGAGCCGGUUCCCGAUGUGGAGAAGGAAGAGAUUGAAGAAGAACCUAAAGUUCUUGAACCUCCAUCGGAGCUCCAAGUCCCUGCAACAAUCCCUUCCCCGACCUCACCAUCCAAACCAGAAGCCUGGCAUGUGCUUGUUGUCGAUGACAACAACAUUAAUCUAAAGAUCAUGGCAACAUUCAUGCGCAAGAUGGGGUGCACCUACGAUACCGCGAGCAAUGGACUCAUCGCACUGGAGAAGUACAUUGGAACUAGCAAAGCAUACAAUCUGGUCCUUAUGGAUAUCUCAAUGCCUGUCAUGGACGGACUUGAGUCUACAAGUAAAAUUCGACAGCACGAAAAGGAAACAGGCAUGGUUCCCGCCUGCAUCAUGGCUGUCACCGGAGUCGCCUCCGAUAGCAUGCAGCAACAGGCUCAAGCAGCGGGAAUUAAUGACUACCUGAUCAAACCACUCUCGCUCCAAGAACUGAAGAAGAUGAUGAAUAUUGCAUAA